ACUCGUCAAUUGCACCGUGUCAAAGCUUUACAGGAAUUGAUAGUUUAGUGAUAGAAGAUUUUGAACUGAUAGAAGUCUAGUAAUGGCUCCUUUCAAGGUCAAUCUGGCGAGCGGUCUCGCCGUGGCUAGCUACAUGAUCUAUCGAUACCCCAAAACCACCUUACCGGUACUCAAGUACCUGGCUUACAUCGGAUCCACCGUCGUCGGUCUGACCGCGGCCGGGCUAUGGUAUUAUCAACAAAGCAUGCUCUACCCCGCUUCCUUCCCCGAAGGCUCGAGACGAGAUGUUCCAAACCCUUACGAGGUCUUUGGGAUGCCGUACACCGAAGUAACCCUCACGACCCCAGACAAGGUCUCUCUAGCUGCCUACCUCAUCCCUGCUCGUCCGCCAUUCGAAGCCAAGAGCCUGCUUGCUCUUCGCAGCGCUGCAAAGGCGAAGCUCGGCGUCAGAGGAAACAACGAGAAGGAGGUCAUCGAUCCGGCUGUUGCGGAGGGCAAGCUGGGUAAGGAUGGGGAGGACUAUGCGAAGAGUCGACCGACGGUUAUCAUGUACCACGCGAAUGCAGGUAACAUGGGACACAGGUUACCGCUAGCACGAGUCUUUUGGGAAUCGAUCGGGUGCAACGUCUUUAUGCUGUCCUAUCGAGGAUACGGCAAGUCGGAAGGAACACCAUCGGAAAAGGGCCUCCGCAUCGAUGCUCAGACGGCUCUGGAUUAUGUUCGACAACAUCCCUUGUUGAGCAAGACCAAGGUCAUCGUCUACGGGCAGAGUAUCGGAGGUUGUGUUUCUGUCGACGUGGCCAGUCGGAACGGCGACAAGGUCGAUGCGGUCAUCAUAGAAAACGCACCCUUCUCCCUGAAAUCCCUGAUCCCCUUCGUGAUGCCCCUCGCCGGCCCGUUCCUCCACAUCCCCUUCCUUUUAUCCGAGAAGUGGGACGCUCAACUUUCCGUCCCUUCGAUCCCGCCGCAAACGCCGUUCUUGGCCCUUGUAGGAGGGAAAGACGAGAUCGUGCAUUCGACGCAGAUGCCGAUGUACAAGAAGUUGAGGGAGAAAGCCGGGGGAAAGAUCACUUGGAAGCUGUUUCCCAACGGACAACAUAACGAUACGUAUGCCCAACCCGGAUACUGGCAAGCCGUCAAAGACUUCAUCGAGGAGGAAGUAACUAAGGGCGAGAAGAAAUAACGAUACAUCUUAAAGACAUACAUGCCCUUGUAUCGAUCGCGUUUAGGUGGAUAAGUUAUAAUAAGAAUAAUUUACCUGA